GGAGAGGGGGAAGGAUCAGGAUUUCUGCAAGAGAGGAGGACCGAAGUCGUCGCAACGCAACGCCAAGGAACCAGUUGAAACACAAGAAUAUGCCCUUCAUUUCUAAAGACUGGCGUUCUCCUGGGGAAGAAUGGGUGAAAACUGAAGAAGGUUGGGAGAAAAAGAAGGUGUUAGAAUGUGGAAGGCAAAUUUUGGGACCCCCCACUGAAAAUCUGGAGUCGAGGUGUAGGGGAAUUACCAAUUACAGUACAGAUGUUCCAUUUAGGGAUGGUCUCUCCAAGAACUGCAGUAUGGAUGAAGACGAAAAAGAAAAUAUGCAAGUUGAAGACCAAAGUACUGCCAUUUUUAUGGAUGGCAACAACCGGGUUGAUUUAAAGGUUGUUGUCAAUAGGACGAACAGUCAAGAUGGGACAAUUCAGCCACAUUGUCACAUCACUGUGAAAUGUACUAGAGAGAUUGCUGGAUUUAAUGGCCUUAGUGAUGCCCUAAAGAGACUUGACUUCCGAUCUGCAGUCCAUGAUGGUAGACGUUUUCAUUACAUUUGUAAACUCCUCGAUUUGCUCAUCACUCAAAAACUAAGCAUGCUUUCAGGCUGUGCUCAGAAAGUAUUAUUUGCUAUGCUGGAAGAGGUUGCUUAUCAAGUUUCAGCUAGUCAACAAAACAUGCAUAUGCUCAGGAAACUCUUGACUGAAUUAAGAGCAAUGAUCGAUUGUGCCUGUUGGGGGCGGCCUCUUGGCAGUACUCGGUUGUGGGAACAGCAUUUGCAAUCUAUUGACCGCAUUCUUUCCAUCGCUAAUACCAUUCAAAUCAGAGAACCUCAUGAUGACAUGUAUCCAAAACUGCAAAAUUUGCCUGAAGAAUGUGUGAGAGAAAUACUGUUGAGAUUAGCUGACCAUAAGGAUGUCGAGAACAGCAGUAAAGCAUACUCAGUCAUGCAAAACUUGAGUAGUGAACAGCGCAUAUGGAGGGAACUCUGCUCUUUCCAUUUUACAGAUGCUCAAAUCAAUUUUGUUUUGGAAAACAUCAGAAAACAGGAUGAGCAACUUCAUGAGAAACAACAACCGUUGGAUCUCAUCGGCCAUUUGACAAGGGAUAUUCAUGAUACAACCCCACAUCAAGAGACGGGUACCAGUCAAGAAAUUGAGACCGUCGAGAAUCCUCCUGAUUGGAAGAAGGUUUACCACAAACUCAGAAAGUGCUAUGGACUCAGAGAAGAUUAUCCAGAAAUGAUACAACUAUGCCGCAAUUGCUGUUGCCUGUUUUGGAAAUCAAUUGGACAUCCUUGCAUCGCAGAUCAAGAUCCAACUUUCCAAGAGAAACUAGACACUGUUGACAAAAGUUCCCUUCAUGUUCCUGUUCCCCCUCACGCUUUCCUUAAAUUUUUCUCACUGUGAUUUAAUUGUUGUUGAAACAAGGAGGUAUUUAAUUUAACUAAGUACAUACGAUAGUUAAUACAUAAUUUGGGUUUAGGGCUGGGCUGUGGGCCACUACGUUUAUACAGUUUUAUCCCACACGCACAGAUAAAAAUUUCUUUUGACUAUGUAACAAUGUUUUGUUGUUUGUUUUCCCUUAGGAAUAAAUUAUGGUAGAAAUCUCAAAUCAGUUCGCUGCGCAAGCUCUCUUCAAGUUAGAGCUAAAUGAAAAUGUUCUACCCCCUUCCACCUGCAUGGAAAAAAAUAGGUUUGCUGGCUGUGACAUCCAGUGAAAAAUGCAUCUAUUCUGAAAAGUGCAGUUAUUUUGUGUGAUAAUCUGUCCCAGCAGCUGUCAAUUGUGAUAUUGUUUUUUGAUGAUUGAACAUGUUUUUCAUGUUUCAGUUGAGUUACUGUGUGUACUAUCCUUUUCCUAUUUAUUAAGAGGGCUCAUUUCUCCCAUUUAGUCAGAUCAAAAGUGUACAUGUCAGCAAAUGUCCAUCAUUUCCGGAAUGUUUUUGUGUCUUGUCCUUUAUUUUAUUGUGUUCUUCAUAGGCAUUAUACGAAUGCCAAGGUCACACAGAUUGAUUAAGGUCUGUGAUGCUUCCUGAAUACUUGUGUUUUAAUAAUAAAAAAGAAAAGUUCGUCUAAAAAGUUUGUAGGAAAAAAAGAUUGAUCAAUACUUUUCGAAUCAACAUAAACAUAACUGUUUUGUCAUGUGAUGUCAUCUUAUAUGUGGAGAACUGUUAAUGACCCUGUUUGUAAGUUCCUGUUUGUUCCAAAGUCUAUUCAACUGUUAAAUUCAUUUGCUUUUUGAAAUUUUACUAUUUUUAGUGAUUUCACAGACUUUUGCUGAGUUAAUUUAAAUCACUUCACUUCAAGUCAUCAAAAUGAAAGGUCCUGAUUCAUUUUUACUCUGGAUUGUUAAAGCAGGGUAGCCAUCAAAAUACAUCUUAUUGUGCUUAUGUUGGGAGUUUUUGCACUUUUCUUUAACUCCACAGUAAGAAUAAGAUGAAGCUUUUAUCAUCUGCUUUAUUCUUAACAUUUGUGUUUCUCCUUAGCAUGAUGUUAUGCAAUGUUUUUUUUGUGUGUUUGUUUUUUAAAGAUUUUAAUUAAGAUGGACAUUUUUUUUUUUACUCUAAUAAGCAUAUGCAAUGUUGGAUGGGCUUUGCUCUUCAAUCCAUCCAGUAAUAUAUAGAUUCUGUUUGGGGAGUGAAGUGACCGAUCAGCAGUCCAAUACAUAUUUUCAGCUUCAUUUAUGUAAUUUGUUUCCAGUCUUUGGUGUGUUAAUAAGGUAAGCAGGCAAAAUGAUGUUCUGUGAUUUUGUACCCUGUGAUAGGGGAUUUCCUCUGGGAAGUUAUUUUUAUGUAUAUCAUUGCACUUCUGAUGAUAAUUCAUUAAUCAUACUCAAGUUGUUAAGUGGCCGUUUUCAGUUGUUUGUUAUUGUACUACUUAUUUCUGAUCUAAUUUUUCGCUAGCUUUCAUGCUCAGUUGUUUAAACAUUUCUUUCUGGUCUAAGAAAUAUAGCAAAGCACAUUAUGCAAUUUUGGAAUUUCCUAGAGUUUCCAUCUAUGAGAAUUCUGGCUUCUGCAGCUAAAGUCUGAGCACUGCCCUUACUCUUACUCGUGAUUUUUUAGUAAAAUACAGCUGUAUUUUCUUGGGUGCUGUAUCUUUGCACUAGUUUUCCUCUGAUUCGCCUACAUAAGCUUUAAGUUUGUUGAUGCAUUAAUUUACAUCAUGUUUACUGCAGAAUGAUUCUAAUAUUGCAGCUUUGUAAGAACCAAAUUUUAUUUUAAACCUUUAGCACACUAAGUAUUUUAUUAGAAAGUGAGAUCAUUUAUUGAAUAUAUGUUUCUACGUAGAAAACGUUAAUCUUAUCCAAAAAUUUAACCGUUUUUGAUUGUUAUUAUGGCACUUGCCAUCUUUUAGACUUUAUUAUUGGGAGGAUUACUUUAGGUCAAAAGUUAUAGGAUAUGACUGAUUGAUGCAAUUUCUGGUACGAAAGUAUAUACAAGAAAAUAAAGGAGAACAAAUUACAAAUUUUUAUCAAUUGUUAAAAACAUAGCUGCUAGCUGUGACCUUGGAUAUUGAAUAAAUUGAAUAAUUUAGAAACCAGGGACAAAACUAAGGCCAGUGAUGUCAUUUUGACCUAAAAAGAAAAUGUUGUUCCCUUGAAGUUUACUUGUUUCUUUGUUGUGUUUCUGCGUUCUGUGUGUUGUCCUUCCCUAAUUAUCUCAUUUCGUAAGCACUGCCAACUGAGAAACUGAGUUGAUUUUUGUUGUGGUUGUGGGGUACUCUGAUGAAAGUCCUGAUUUUUGUUAUUUGAUGACAAGGACUAUUUUUUCUAUGAGAAAACCAUAGCGUCCCAUAAUGUUACCAUUAACACUAUGCUCAUACAGUUUUUGACAUUGUCCAACCGCAUGGCAAUGGCAUCAAUGUUCUUUUUGUUUUUUAAUUAAGAGAAGUGCUGCUGUACAUAUAGUUCAGCCCUAAAUUAUCCCUGUGAUUGGGAAUAUUGGGGUUUCUAGUCUGCAGUAGCCACCAAUUUGUAAUUUCUCACAAUGACACUGGAGGUUUAUUGUCUGAAGUAUUGUAGUCAUGUAGAAGACAGCUUUGAUGCCUACUUGCACAGUUUUGCUAUCAUAAUGUAAUCCAUUUUAUUUUUGCUGCAGUGAUUUACUGCCGUGUUGUGAGAUUGUUUUGGCUAUAUAAAAAUUGCCACUAAAUAUA